GAGAGAGAGAAAUACUACAAAAUAGAAUACUGUUCCGGACGGCGGGCAAAACAGAAAAGCUUCUCUUUUGUCUCUGAACGCCGGACUGAAUCAACCCAGUCUUGUCUCUUGGGUCCAUUGGUUCUAUCAAAAUGAUUCGAUUCAUUCUGCUUCAAAACCGGCAAGGAAAGACUCGUUUGGCCAAGUAUUACACCCCCCUCGAGGAAUCCGAGAAGCACAAAGUCGAAUACGAGGUUCAUCGGUUGGUCGUUAAUAGAGACCCCAAAUUCACCAACUUUGUGGAGUUCCGAACACACAAGAUAAUCUACAGGCGGUAUGCUGGGCUAUUUUUCUCGCUCUGUGUUGAUAUGACGGACAACGAGUUGGCUUAUUUGGAGUGCAUCCACUUGUUUGUGGAGAUAUUGGAUCACUUCUUUAGCAAUGUCUGCGAGCUAGAUUUGGUUUUUAACUUUCACAAGGUAUAUCUAAUCGUAGAUGAAUUCAUUCUCGCUGGGGAGCUCCAAGAAACAAGUAAGAAGGCUAUCAUAGAGAGGUUGAAUGAAUUGGAGAAGUUGGAGUAAAGAUUGAUGAUCCACGAUGGUUAACUUUUAUCCAUAUUCCAAAGUAUGCGCCUUUUCAUUUGCUCCCCUUUGAUCUUUCUGAACAUUUAGGAUUAUGUCUGAUUCUGUUUGAGACUUUGAUGAAUCUCUAGAAUUUCUUUCGAUUUUACGCGUAAAGAAGAUGGAGUGUUCAUGUCAUAGGAUUGAAGAAGACAUUGUGAUUGCUGUCAUUUCCUCUCCCUAUUGCUUCUGUCCUUUAGGUAGAGAAUGCUUUCAUGUGAGAAUGCUCGAACUCUUUUUGUUUCGGUCCAAUAUCUUGUCAAACAUGAAGCAUUUUUCUCGUCAAUGAUUAUCUUAAAACGCUUUCUUUUUUUUUA